AUAGAAAUGAUGCCAUAUGCGAAAAAAGUUGAAAGAUAGUGAAACAUCGAGUUGCAGUGCAGUGUCAGUUAACGCGUUGCUGUUUCUGGACUUUUUGCCUUCCAUCCCAAACAAUUUCCAUUCAGCUUCCAAUCCAAAACUGCUGUCUCUCUCUCUGUGCAUUGCGUCGCGUCGCGUCGAGUGACUCACUCCGUUUCCAAUUCCGACUCUCCUCGCCGCCGCACCGACACAGCGGAGCUUGAACUCGCCACCGUUCUAUAAUGAGCUUAGGGUUUUCUCGCCCACACCCAUAUGUUUUGAGUUGAGCUUGAGCCUCUAGUUAGGAAUCAUGUCGAGGCCUAUGCUGCUUGUCUUCUUGCUGAUUAUACUUAUAAUCACCUCACAGUUUGAGUGGAAACAACCGCUUGUGGCCGAUGUCGAUUCCAAUCCAAAUGUUUCCCAAAAGCAGCGUCAGAUUUCCAAGCCCGAAGAAACUGUAAAGGAGAAGAUUAUUUUAGUGCAAGAGAAGAAUAUUCGAAGACUGAAUGAGCUCGUGCGGCAUCUCCAGGAACAACUGCAGCAGUGUAGAGGAAGCAAUGGAACUACAAACGGCACUUCAAGCUCUUUAACUGAGCGGAUUCUUGAGCUUGAGCGACAACAAAUAUUAGAGGAUUGAGCCAAUGCAGCAAAUAUGGUAAUAUUUAUGCUCAAGUUGUAAAGAUUUGUCCUAAUUCCUUGAAUAUGAAGGUUGUAAUAGAUUUGCUCCCUAUCUGAAUGUGGCGCGCAUCAUUUAAUGAAAAGUGUAAAAUGUUUAAGACGUCUGUUAACCCUUAAGUAACUAAAUACAACCAGACACUAUGGUCAUGAUCUAGACCCACUAUAGGAGUAAGUGUAAAUGUAUAAUGCAAUAGUAACUUCUAGAGGGGUCAUGUUGCUCAGAUUGGGGUUAACAUUGAGAUCGUGAGAACUUUCGAAUGAGAAUUUUACAUUGCAUUAUACAUUUAUACUUAA